AUGUUAUGCGCAUAUCCCUUGGAGGUUGAGAGAAGGGAAUGCCAGUACUUCACGAUGUUGAGACACCCCAUCGAUCGCCUGGUGUCGGCGUUUUUCUACUGCCCAACGGACCACGAUGUCCAAUUGAGGCCUCGGAAGUGGUGUGGGCACGAGGAGCACCCGGUGCCGGCGACCGAGCGCCUGCUGGACUUCGCGCAGGAAAGCUGGCGGAAUCAGGCGUUCAAGCAGAUGACGUUCGGCUUGUACUGCCCCCCUGACACCUUCUGCGAAGUGGCGGAGGUGAACAACGUGUCGCAGUGUGAGACUUUUGUCGUGGGCGUUGGUUCGUUGGACGGGCUACGCGAGGUUGGUCCACCGCAGAUGCUGGACGAACCCGGUAUUCUAGAUGUCCUCCAGCAGGUCCAGGACAUCUUGGCGGGAUAUACGGCAGUGGGUAUUAUGGAACACUGGGACCUGUCUAUGCAGCUCUUCAACGCGCGCGUGCGGUCACCCGUGCGUGAGUGGAACGUGUUCAAGCAGAGAAAUCCGGGGGUAAUGACCGGGCUUCGCGAUGAGGUGCUUCAAUGGGCUCACAAAAGCCCGGCCAUUCACCGCGUAAUAGGAACAGAUAUGUUGUUGUACUCCUUUGGGCUGUCCAUUUUCAAGCAGCAGACGACUGCAUCACUUGGUACGAAUUGGCUCGAGAUGUGAUCUUCCUAUGUCACGACCGC